UUUAUUGUGUUAAUAUGUGUUAUUAUGCAUAUACUAUAAUAAGUAGUGCAGCUACUAUGGAACUUGGGAAGAGUGGGAAUGACAUUGUAGCACAGGGUGAAGUUGCCACUAUUGGCUCUCAUUAAGCAAAGGCUACACAGAACAUAGAUUAAUAUCCUGUUUCUCCCUCAUGAUUUGGGGCAAGAAUCCAACAACAAUGGAAUACAAGCAGCACUCUGGACAUUUCCCAAGUUGUCUCUCAUGAGUAGAACUCAAAGGUCAGGUUAAGCAUUUUGCAAAAGCCCAAGCCACAAUAAGGCAUUGUACAGAAACAGUUGAGAAGUAGCUCAACUGCCAUUCAAAAGUUUAUGGAGCUGCAUGUAACUCAAGUACAGUAGGCCAGACCUGUGUGACCUACUUGGAUUCGGGUGAUCUUUGGGCAAAGUUCCAUAAAUUCCAUUCCAGUGGGGAUGAUAAGGCAAUAACAGACAGAGCAUCAUGCCAAUGUUCAUCACUGUUUGUUCUAACACACAACCAUUGAAAUUUCCACACUGACAAAUUGAAGCAUUUGUUGUCAAAGGUUCAUUUACACCUAUUUCUAAUCGUGAGCAUGGUAGAGACAUCCAAUUUCUGUGUCUGGGCAGAUUACUCUCAUGUAGGACCCAUCAUGGCAGAAUCUAUGUUUCUUUAUGAUGUAUUACCUACUAAAUAGGUUACAUAGUCUAGGCUAUAGCGGGUAAAUCUGUAGGAUAGCUCAGAAUAGCAUUUAUUUGUCUUUUUGGGAAAUGUUUUCAAUGGCAUAAGAAAAGAGUGCAUUUAGCGCUACAAACUGACUGUGUCCUGGCUAAAUCACUCAAGCCUCACCACGCCCACAUUUUACAAGCAGACAGGAGCCACGCUCGGUAGUAAACACGGGAUAUGACUGUUCAUUCACACACACAGCAAAGGCUACGCGACAGACAGCUGACUGGAGAGUGCGAAAAUCAACAAAUCAGGAGUAUCAAGCUUUUGACAGCAAAGGAGCAAAUCACCACCUUUAUCUGGAUUCUUCUUUCUUUUCAUGAGGUUGUGUUUAUUUUACUACGAUAGUUUAUCACAGCUUCAGAUCCGAAGAAUGAGAGGGAAUCUUUCCCCGAACGAAGAUAUUUCAGGGUAUUACUCAAUGAUGCCUGUCUCGGACUUCCAUACAAAGCCUCCCUGUACGAUGGAGCCCGCGGACCGUAUGUGUGGAGCGCGAGGAGCUGUCACCGCCAGACCGCUGAUGGGGAACACCUCUCCGUGGCAGCACUCCGGGGAUGGAGGAUGCACGCAGGACGGAUCUGAGGAGUUAAAGGAGAAAACUGUGCUUGCCCCACCGGUGUUCGUCUUUCAGAAGUCUUUCACCCCAUCCAUGAAGAGGAGAGCAGAGAGAUGGGAGGAGGGAUCAGUUGUGGGAAUCAGUGCAAACAAACGAGUCCGAUCUUUCACCUACCCUAAUCCUAACAGCAGAAUGAGGAAAGGCUCCUGUGACGGCAGUAGACGAGUACGAACAAAUUCCCACUCUUUUCCCCAACCGCCUCCAGUCUCAAGAUCAAAUGUCUUCAUGCCCUCAAAUCUGUGCAACCGGACCAACAAUUCCCCAAACACAGUUACACCUCUGAACAGGGUCAGAAGGUCAUUCCUUCAGCCUGCACGUCUCCUCGCCCCUCAGCCCUGGAACAUCUCCUCACAGCCACACCUAUCUGAGGUAUUCUACAACUCUCUUCACCCCCUCACACAGAGUGAAAUGAGAAAACUCUCUCAGGUGAGCCAUGAUCCUUCAGAUGAUGGCUGCAGCAUCACAACUGACCGCUCCUCCACUGUUGGUGUAUUACAUCAGAAGAAACCCCCUCAAGUUCACAGAUCAAAGGCAGACGGUACCACCUCAGACAGGGUCCAGUUUGUGUUUGGGGAAAACAUGAGCGAAAGAGUCUUGAGACCACAGAAAUCAUCCAGCAGUGAAGAUUCUGAUUGCAGCUCUGAUCCUGAGUCUUCCACCUCUGAGUCAAGUCAUAAAGGUGCUGUGUGGAGCAGUCUGAGGGAGUCUGCUGCAGCUUACACAGCGUCCUGUGGGAGGCAGUGUGUGCUCAGGCAGGUUCAGCUGUUCACUGGGGAGGAGAAGGAGAGCAAUGUGGUCCAGCUAACCUGCAGACUGUUUGUCCUGGAAAAAGGAACACAGUCAUGGACUGAGCGAGGGAGAGGAGUCCUGCGACUCAAUGAUCUAGCAUCAGGGACCAAAGGAGGACUGCAGUCCAGGAUAGUGAUGAGGCACCAGGGCAGUCUCAAGGUUAUCCUCAACACCAAGCUCUGGCCACACACACACCUGCGUCGCCCGGCCCGCCGGAACCUCCAGGUGACGGCCACCGACGUGGAGACUCAAGCCGUCCGGGUGUUCCUCAUCCAGGCCGGCGCCAGGGAUGUGGCUCGCCUCUACGUGGCCAUCCACCAUCGGCUGGUAGCCCUACGGGCCAGUGCUGCUGGGAGGGAGGCAGAGGCUGCAGGGGGCAGGACCAGGGAGGGGCACUGCAACAGUGAGAAUGAGGAGGAAGAGGAGGAGGAGGAGGAAGAGGAGAGACAACGGCAAGAAAGAGAAGAAGGGCUGCUAGUGACACGAUUGCGACCUGUGGUUUGUGAUUGGAUACACAGUAAACCCAGUUUGGAUUCUUGGUGACAUGACAUCAUAUUCUGACCUGGACCAUGCAACAGUUUUGGGUGUCAUCACAUCUGAACAGAACUUUGGCCAUAAUGGAACAGUGGAACAAAACAUCAAGAGACAGCUUGCAAGUAUUUACUAUCUACUGAGCUACCAUGACUGCCUUAAAAAAAAAAAAAAAAAAUAUUAUUCUAUUGCUGUACUUACUUUUAUAUUUUACGUCAUUGUGGCAGUGUGCAAAGGGGAGAGUAUACUGCCACAUUACGACAGAAGGAAUCUAGAUGUAAUGACUGAUUUAAAAAAACGAUUGUAUUUAUUUGAUUUUGUUAGUUUAUCAUCCAUUUAUAUGUGCUAUUUGUGGCUGAGGCACCCACAUUAAACUUAUUUGAAACAUAUUUGGAAUAUUCCCAAAGGGUUUUGUUCUUCUGUAUUUCCUUUAUAAGCAUUGUUUUAUAUUUUGUGUUUUAAAAACAGCUUAUGAUCAACUGAAUGAUUUGAAACCAUUUUUGUAGGUCUUUCACUACAAAUAGAAUAGAAUAUGUAUCUACCUAUUUCAACUGUGAAACAAACAAAAUAGCUUUAUUGUUAGCUGUUUCCUUUAUACAGUACAUUACUGACAUAAACAACAAUCUCAAGGUUGUGGUACACUCACCUUUUCUGCACAGUACUCAGUGCAUGCUUCUGCCUAGCUCUGUAAUUGCUGCGAGAAAACAUUGAAAUGUUUUUAAUGGAUUUCAAGUUCUAUUACCCAGUGUAUUGUCAUCAGCAAUUUACUUAAAAGGGUAAUCCUGCAUAAAAGCAAACAUGACUAGCAUCUAGUUCAUAUUUUGAUUUGUAUAUAUUAUAUUAAUCUGUUUCUGGUCAUAUCACCAUGUUAUGUGAACAGUUAUGUCAUCGUGAUUGAUAAAAACAGAUUUUCUG